AUUCGCGUUAUAUAAAAUGGCAAUGAAUUUUGGAAUUUUUUUUUUUUUUUGUUUUGUUUUUUCUCAGUUGACAGGGUCCAUCUUGCAACCGAUUCCCGUCAGAUUGCCGAGUAAUUGGAAUCUGGUGUUCGAGUUCGACAUGAUCUGGCCUAUACCGACCACGGAGGAUUAUAAGAGGAAGAAGAAGUACAAGAAGUACAAGAGGAGACAGUGGAUGGUGAAACGACGUCAUCGACGAGAGUUGUACGCCACUUUUGAGAUGGCGUUGAACAGGUAUGAACAGGUAUUCCGCGUAUUUCCUGCCUCGUCCACAUUUCUCCCAAGGGAAACUUGCCUUCCAGCCAAAACUUGCCGGGAAGAGAGUGCACGCUGAGAACUAUCUGCGAGGCGAGAACUUUGUUGGGUCCACCUGGCGAUUCCUUCGUGGAAGAUGCCCUUCGAUUGAUAUUAAGGUACAAUAUUUGCUCGAAGUUGUAUCGUAUCGAAUAACCGUUAUCCACACGUUUAUUUCUUCCUCUUUUCUUUUUCUCUUCUUCUCUCUUCUUUUUUUCUCUUUUUUUUAGCAACGUCGACAACGUGAGACGAGUCGAUUCCUACGACGUCGCUUAUAGAACCGAGACGCCUUGCGAAGUUGCUUACCCCUGCCCUGUUUCUCUCUUAAAGCUGCUACUGUCUCAUCUGUACCAUUCCAACGAUCUAGGUUAAGAAUAAAGUUUCU